AUGCUUGCAGAGCUUCCCCCAGAGAUUAUACAGCUUAUUACAAGCUAUUUGCCAUCUGCCAGCGCGCUUGUGAAUCUGUCAAGGACCUGUUGGCGCCUACACCACGUUGUCGCUGCUCAAGAUUGGCGAAUCUUCAGGUCCUUCGUCGAGACCAAGUUUCCUGGUGUGGAAACGCCCGAAAUCUGGAGAGAGGCCGCUCAGGCACUCACAUCUCGCUCUCGAGCGUUAGACAAACACGCAGUCGUCGGAAGAUUUGUCGUACCUGCCUCAGAAGCAGUCAAGGUCGGAUCCCAUAGUUCAACACGACGUGACAAUCCUACUCACGGAUAUCGCCCUGCUUUGGACUCGUAUGAAGUCUGGAAUAGUUCUUCGUGGAACGACCGGAAGGAGGUGCUCGCCUGGGGCGCGGCAGAUGAACUAGUCCUGCGCAUCACUGAACCUGGCCCCAAUUCAAAGGGGAAGUGGGUGGUCUUCAAUGAUCUCGAUCACAUCAGCAGCCAUGAUGACAUCUGUGGUGUCCAUAUUCUACGUCCUGGACACCCUUCCAAGGAGCCCCAGACUGAACAUAUAGUCGUUGCAAGAGCGCGCGGAGAGCUUUUCCAUCUCUCUAUCGACCCUAACAGCGCCUGCCAUAUUUACAAGCAGCGGUUCAUGACCUCCGGAGGAGGCAUAGAGAGAACAGAUAUGAGUGACGGAAAGGACCCGAUCUUAUCUGCCCACUUAAGCGACGGAUCGAUAUCUUUCUUCAAAACCACUUCUGGAGAGGCGGAAGUCUACCCAUUUGCUCGUCUCAAUGCCGAUUCUAGCAACAAUGCAACCAUCAGUUCUCGCCACAAGUAUUCCAAGUUCCUUUCGCCCUCUCUAUUCGCAGUCGGCACAGGACGCAUCCACGAUGCAAUUACUAUCUCCGCCAUCACGCCACAAGGUCUAUCACCAAGUCGUGAGCUCAAUGUGGAGCUGGUAGAUUUCGAAAGACUUAAUCUCGAUACGACCAUCAGAUCCAACGUCAACGCCAUUGCUCCACUCGAUCCCACCGGACAAGUCUUCCUCGCAGCCUGGGGUGAUCGAGCUGUUAGACUGCACGACCUCCGCUCAAACGAAGAAUACGAAAAGACCUACCGUGAUACCACGGACCAGAACCCCAUCUACUGCAUCCACCCCUUCGGCCACGACCGCUUCGUCGUCGGCGCCGGCGGUGACGCCCUAGUCAAGAUCUUCGAUUUACGCAUGCCCAAACAUGACACGUACAGCUAUCGUGAUGCACGCCCUUCCCGAACCCUUCUCAAAAACAGCGAACCAAUCGUAGACAGCCUCUCAAGCCUCUCACUCACCCCAACCAACAAUAGCAUCGCCUUCCCCCGCAAAGACAUCUCCAUCUUCCUCUCCGCCCACCCGCCCUCUAGCCGACCCCAAGGCCGUCGCCGCCACAACACCCGCUCCUACCGCGGUGCAAUCUACAGCAUGACAUCGCCCUCUUCCUCCUCACCAACUAUCUACACUGGCGUCGCGGAUGGCGUCGUUCGCCUUGACUUCGCCUCUACGGAUGACCUCCUCGGCCCUUGUCAGGAUUGGUACCGGGAGCCACUUCUGCUCUCUAACGGUGUGCGUCUCGACAACACUGUUGCACACACCCGCUCUGCCGACAGAGUCCUGGAUUUAUCGGGCUACGAGCGCCCUGAGGAUACCACUGCUUCUAUUACUUUGCGCACGCAGCAGCCGUUUGUGUUUGUCGGGGUGGAGGAUGGUCUUGCGGAGGAGAUCACGGGGUGGGAUCGGAGGUGGGAGAGGUUGGAGAAACCGGGGGCGUGGAGACGGGCUGAUUGA